AUCAAGGAAAUAACCCGGCACCUGCAAACAUAAUCUCCAGCGACUGAUAAAAUCGUCGUCCGACCGGUUUUAAAGGGGGGGGGAUGCUCUUUCCCCUCUCCCAGCAGAUAUGUCCGUGAGAAAGAAGAAACCCCCCCAGUCCUCCCAACGGGAACCACUGCCGUUGUGUUUGCUAUUUACUCGGAGAGGAGCUGUUUGAACGGUGGGACGGAGAGGGAGCUAGAGACUCUUUCUCCAGCUCCAGCUGCCAUCCUACUCCUGCUCCUCCCCCUCCUCCCCCUCCUCCUCCUCCUCCUCCUCCUGCUCCCUCCUCCUCCUCCUCCUCCUCCACCAGAACCACUUCUCUUUCUCAUCACAUCCAGAGCAUUUUGGAGAUGUGAGGAAUAGGAAGAGAUUGGUGAUAUUGAGCAGCCUGUGCAUUGACACGACCUCUUGACCUCAUCUUCAGCAUGAAUGGUGAUAUGCCUCAUGUUCCCAUCACUACUCUUGCUGGAAUUGCUAGCCUGACAGACUUGUUGAACCAGCUACCCUUGCCUUCUCCUCUCCCCGCCACCACUGCUAAGAGUCUGCUCUACAAUGGAAGGAUCUCCGAAGAGGUCAGCAGCCUGCUGGUGUGUCGCGAUGAGAAUCUGGUGACUCAACUGGCACAAAGCCUUAACCAGGUCUCCACUGAACACAUAGAGUUGAAGGACAACUUGGGGAAUGAUGAACCCGAGGGUGACAUGCCAAUGCUUCUACAAACUCUGCUGUCCAGGGACCCCAAAAUCUUCAGGGACAAAAGUACGCCAACCCAGUACAAAGGUCGGGGUGGUGUAAUGCAGCAGCCAAUGAUGCAACAGUAUAAAAUAUCUCAGAAUCAGGUGCAUGGGAGUCCAGGAUCAAACUAUCAGCAAACCACUGUAACUCAAAGCCCCUCCGGAUGCUUUACAUCCCCGCAGUCUGGAUCGGAUACUCGGUUCGUACCCCAGCAGAACAGCCCUAUACCUAGUCCCUAUACUCCUCAGAGUCCUACAGACUACAUGCAGUACAAUCCACCCAGUUAUUCUCAACACCAACAGACUCAGCAAGUUGCUGGUGGUGUGAGAAAUAUCCAUGACAACAAGGUCUCUGGGCAGCUAUCAAAUAAUCCAUCUAAUCAUAAUGUGAGACUAGGCUCAGACAAAGACUACAUGAACAUGGCUCACAGACUGGGAAAUGAGCAGAAUGACCCCUCCAUGAGGGCUGCCGCGUUUCCAGUUAAAUCACCAGAGUCUGUGUGUUCCCCUGCUGGGAGUGAAGAGACUGCAAAAACAGCAUCCAGGACUCCUCUCAUCAUGCACUCACCUCCACCCCAUGUGCCACCAGGUGUAGCACCUGAGCUGCUCCUCACCUCUGCCGACCGCAAAAAGAAGCAGAAAGAAAGGAGUAAGGAAGAAAAUGAAGAAAUGGAAAAAAAUGCCUUGUAUGGCAUUGUUAGUUCUCCAACAAAAGACUCUGCUAGGCUGACUUUAAAACUGUCCCGUGUCAAGAGUUCAGACAUGGAUGAACCUGAAGAACAUCCUCCUAGGGCACAUAUCAACUCAGACCAGGAAACUGAUAUGAUGAAUAAUAAUAAUCAGUUGUCAAGGACUGCCCAGGACUUGUCACACAAGUUUGCUUCUGAGGAGCAGGCAAACUGCCAGCAGGUUUCUGCUCGGCCUGGUACCAGGGACUCUGGAGCCAUCAGCGGGGUUGGCUUUGAUGAUUCUGAGAUAGACACGCUUGCAGAGAUCGAGAGAAUAGAACGUGAGUCAGCCAGCGACAGAGAACGGUGGUCUAAGGAAGUCCAGGAUAAAGAUAAGCCACUAAAGAAACGGAAGCAAGACUCGUAUCCUCAGGAACCCGGAGCUGAGUCAAGUGACGGGCCUACUGUACAAGGAGGCAACUCUGACAGCAAGCUGACACCCAAGAAGACGAAUGCUGCAAGUAAUGGUGCCAGUCGGCCUGCUUUGAUGGUCAGUAUUGAUCUGCAGCAAGCUGGAAGACUCAUAGGACAGCCUGUAGUGGUCUUGGAAGCAAAGCAGUUGUGUGAGGACCACCUACGGCGCAUAAAGUCAAAGACUGAUGUAAAAGUAGAUAAGGUUGUUGAAAACAGACCUGGGAUCACCAAACAGCAUGCAGACAACCCCAGGAAGUCUGGCUCAGAUGGGCAACUAGAAACCCCUAAACAGAAGCAGGAACGGCGGCGUGAAUCCAAACACAGACAUGAUGGCAAAACUGAGAGCAGCAAAGGACACUCAGAUGACAGACAGACAGACACACCACGACAGAAACAGGAAAAGCAUUCAGACUCACGCCACAAAGAGGAAAAGAACCAGAACAGUCAUCGACCCCUUGUCAGCCAGCCUAAGACUCCAAAAACCAUGAGCAAGGCAGAGCAUAACUCUAGACAUGGAGAGGAAAAAGUCAGGGAUAGAAAUAAGGAGAAGGUCAGAGAUGGAGAAAAAGAUAGAGACAGGGAUAGAGACAGAGAUAGAGACAGAGAUAGAGACAGGGACAAAGAAAAAAACAGAGACAGAGAAAGGGACAGAGACAAAGAGAAAGACAAAGACAGGGACAAAGACAGGGACAGAGACAGAGACAAAGACAAAGACAGGGACAGAGACAGGGAAAGGGAAAGGAAACACAAAAUGUCAAGGGAAAACUGCAACAGAAUCUCUCCUGACCAGCAUAUUAAAUCUGACAGCCCUAGAGUGAAGCAAGAUGGAAACAGAAAAUCCGCUGACCUCAAUGGUCGACAGAGGACAGAGAAUUCCAGCCUUCAAAACGCCCAAAAUAAGGAAGAGAAGAGAAGUGGGGAUGGCAGCAUUAGCUGCCAAGCUAGAAACAAACAGCAAUCUUUUGAGACAAAACCUAGUGAGUUCCCGUCAUACCUGCUAGGUGGCAAGUCAGGAAGUCUGAAGAACUUUGUGAUUCCUAAAUUGAAACGGGAUGGGAAAGAUAAAGAGCCUAAACAACUAAGUAAUUCGAAAGUGCCCUGGAGUGAACCCCUUGUCAGACUGGAGAGAGUUUCGCUGAUAGAGAACUUAAACAAAGGAGCUAAGCCUGUUGUUGUGCUUCAGAAACUCAGUGUUGAUGAGGUUAAAAGGAUCAUGAGGGAAAGUAGGGAUGGACACAGCUCCAAAUCCAGGAAGUCGUCCUACGUUGACAAACCAGACAGAGAGAUGUCACUUAUGGAGGGGACAAAAAAGCGAAAGCACAGUGUGAUCAGUAAGAGCUCCAAGUACGCCGAGGUGGACUCAAGUGGAGAUGAAGGCGGUGACUCUGAGUCUACAAGGAAAAGGUGCAAGAAGGAUCACGACAAGACAUGGAAGCAUGAAGAGAGGAGAGGUUCUGGAGAGCACCGUCGAGGCGGAGGUCGGGGGUCCGGUAGCCAUCACCGGGAAUGGAACCCUAAUGAUUCAAGUGAAGGCUCUCCAGCACCAAGCCUGAGUGAUGUUGCCAGAAAAUUGAAGAAAAAGGAGAAACAGAAAAAAAGGAUGGCGUACGAGUCCAAGCUGUCAUCAGAGGAAAUGAUGGACUCCUCCACAUUUAAGAGAUUCGCGUCUAGUGUGGACAACAUUCUUGAGAGCCUUGAGGAUGUGGACCUCACCGCUGCAGAUGACGACGAGAUCCCUGAAGAGCUCUUGCUUAUAAAGCACCAGCUGAGUGAGCUAGGCAGUGAUUCUGCUAAGAUUAAAGCUAUGGGCGUAUUUAACAAGUUUCCAACUAGUAAACUAGUGAAAUUUUUGAAUAUCCUGGAGAAGAACAUCCAGGACAGCGUCAAACUUUCCACACUAAUGAACCACGGUAAUGAUUCCAUGGAGGAGGAGCGGCUGUGGCGUGACCUUAUCAUGGAGCGGGUGACUAAGUCCGCUGAUGCCUGUCUGACUGCACUCAACAUCAUGACAUCUCCACACAUGCCAAAGGCUGUUUAUAUAGAGGAUGUGAUUGAGAGGGUUUUGCAGUACACCAAGUACCAUAUGCAAAACUCUUUGUACCCUCAGUAUGACCCGGUCUACAGAGUGGAUCCCCAUGGAGGGGGCAUACAUACUUCAAAGUCCAAGAGAGCGAAGGCUUCCACCCACAAGCAGAAGGUGGUAGUCAUGCUCUACAACAAAGUGUGCGAUAUUGUCAGCAACAUCUCAGAGCUCCUGGAGAUCCAGCUGCUAACUGACACCACAAUUCUCCAGGUGUCUACCCUGGGUAUUACACCAUUUUUCGUGGAGAAUGUCAGUGAGCUGCAGCUAUGUGCCAUUACACUAGUGACAGCAGUGUUCUCUCGUUAUGAGAAGCACAGGCAGCUUAUUCUUGAAGAGAUCUUCACUUCCUUGGCAAGACUCCCUACCAGUAAACGCAGCCUCAGGAAUUUUAGGCUAAACACCAGUGAUUCGGAUGGAGAGCCCUUGUAUAUCCAGAUGGUCACAGCGCUGGUUUUUCAGCUCAUCCAGUGUGUGGUACACCUUCCUUCAGAGAGGGAUGCAGACGACGAACAUAAUAAGAAGGUCGAUAAAGAUGUCUUCAUCACAAACUCUUUUGAAACUGCCAUGAGGACAGCUCAGAACUUCCUAUCUGUGUUUCUCAAGAAGUGUGGCAGUAAGCAGGGAGAAGAGGACUACAGGCCUCUGUUUGAAAACUUUGUUCAUGAUCUGCUGUCUACGGUCAACAAGCCUGAGUGGCCUGCAGCUGAACUGCUGCUCAGUUUACUGGGCCGACUGUUGGUGCACCAGUUCAGUAACAAGCAGACAGAAAUGGCACUCAGGGUGGCAUCGCUGGACUACCUCGGCACUGUCGCUUCUCGCCUGCGCAAAGAUGCUGUCACUAGCAAGAUGGACCAAAAGACUAUUGAUCGCAUCCUAAGAGAGACUCCAGGCAGUGAUGAAAUUCAGCAACUCCAGAAGGCCUUGCUUGACUACCUAGAUGAAAACAUUGAGACAGAUCCAUCUCUGGUCUUUGCCAGGAAGUUUUAUAUUGCACAGUGGUUCAGGGACACUACAAGUGAAGCAGAGAAAGCGAUGAAGUCUCAAAAUGAGAACGACGAGGACUUGAAAGGUCGACAUCAUUCCAAUGAUGUUGACUCAACUGGGGAGAUAAUGCAGAGGGCUGAAACACGAAAGAAAUUCCUUCGCAAGGUCAUCAAGGCAUCACCAUCACAUUUCAGUUCCCUGAGAUUAAACUCUAACACAAUAGACUAUGAGGAUUCCUGUCUGAUUGUCAGAUAUCUGGCCUCUAUGAGGCCCUUUGCACAGAGCUUUGAUAUUUAUUUAUCACAGAUUCUGAGAGUGCUGGGUGAGAGCGCCAUUGCAGUCAGAACUAAAGCCAUGAAGUGUCUGUCUGAAGUAGUAGCUGUGGAUCCAAGUAUUCUGGCACGGUUGGAUAUGCAACGCGGAGUUCAUUGUCGCCUCAUGGACAACUCCACCAGUGUGCGAGAGGCAGCUGUGGAGCUCCUUGGUCGUUUUGUGCUAAGUCGACCGCAGCUCAUUGAGCAGUACUAUGACAUGCUCGUUGAAAGGAUAUUGGACACAGGUAUUAGUGUAAGGAAGAGGGUCAUUAAGAUCUUGAGGGAUAUUUGCCUGGAGCAGCCGGACUUCCACAAGAUCACUGAGAUGUGUGUCAAGAUGAUCCGAAGGGUCAACGAUGAAGAGGGGAUUAAGAAACUGGUGAAUGAGACAUUCCAGAAACUGUGGUUCACCCCCACACCCAGUCAUGACAAAGAUGCCAUGACCCGUAAGAUCCUGAAUAUCACAGAUGUGGUGUUGGCAUGUAAGGAUUCAGGCUAUGACUGGUUCGAGCAGCUUCUCCAAAAUCUGCUGAAGUCAGAGGAGCAAGCUUCAUACAAACCUGCAAAGAAGGCCUGUGUACAGCUGGUGGACAAUCUGGUGGAACACAUACUGAAUUAUGAGGAGUCUCUCGCAGACUGUGAGGAUAAAGGGGUCAGCUCAGGUCGUCUGGUCGCAUGCAUCACCACUCUCUACUUAUUCAGCAAGAUCAGACCACAGUUAAUGGUCAAACAUGCCAUGACUAUGCAGCCCUACUUGACCACCAAGUGCAAUACUCAGAAUGACUUCAUGGUGAUCUGUAACGUGGCCAAGAUCUUGGAGCUGGUCGUGCCUUUGAUGGAGCACCCAAGUGAGACUUUCCUCACAACCAUAGAAGAAGAUCUGAUGAAGCUCAUCAUCAAAUACGGCAUGACGGUUGUACAACACUGUGUGAGCUGUCUUGGUGCUGUGGUAAACAAGGUCACACACAAUCACAAGUUUGUUUGGGCUUGUUUCAACCGUUACUAUGGAGCCCUGGCAAAACUGAAGACACAACAUCAAGAGGACCCUAACAGCUCCACUCUGGCUGCCAACAAACCUACUCUCCUGCGCUCUCUGUUUACUGUGGGGGCUCUCUGUCGACACUUUGAUUUUGACCAGGAGGAUUUCAAAGGUUCUAACAAGAUUGUCAUCAAGGACAAAGUGUUGGAGCUUCUGUUGUACUUCACCACUCACGAAGAUGAGGAGGUCCAGAUCAAGGCAAUCAUAGGUUUAGGUUUCCAGUUCAUCAUGCACCCAGAGCUCAUGUUUGUGCAGGAUGUGAAGGUUCUGUAUAACAGUAUCCUGUCAGAUGAAAGCAGUUUGGUCAGCCGGAAGAUCCAGGUGCUAAAAAACCUGCAGACAUACCUGCAAGAGGAGGACUCUCGGAUGCAGGAAGCUGAUCGCGAAUGGAAGAAUCAAUCCAAGCAGGAGGAUCUGAAAGAAAUGGGGGACAUCUCAUCAGGCAUGAGCAGCUCUAUAAUGCAGAUUUACCUGAAGCAGGUGCUGGAGUCCUUCUUCCACUCACAGUCCACAGUUCGGCACUUUGGCCUGAGUGUCAUUACACUGACUCUCAGCCAGGGCCUCAUCCAUCCUGUACAGUGUGUGCCGUACUUGAUUGCCAUGGGAACAGACCCCGAGCCAACCAUGAAAAACAAGGCCGAUCAACAGCUGGUGGAGAUUGACAAGAAAUAUUCAGGCUUCAUCCAUAUGAAGGCCGUAGCAGGGUUGAAGAUGUCCUACCAGGUGCAAGAGGCCAUAAAUGGAUCCAGAGGCGCAGCGAUUCGAGGUUGUCAUCGCGAUGACGCGGACUCUGCCCUCUGCUCUCACCUCUACACUUUGGUCCGUGGGAACCGACAACACAGACGGGCUUUCCUCAUUUCCCUGCUCAACCUUUUUGAUGACAGUUCAAAAACGGAGGUGAACAUGCUGUUGUUCAUAGCAGACAACUUGGCCUACUUCCCUUACCAGACCCAGGAUGAGCCUCUUUUCAUCAUGCACCAUAUAGAUAUCACUCUAUCUGUCUCUGGUAGCAACCUGCUCCAGUCUUUCAAGGAGUCUUUACGGAAAGAGCCCGUGCAGCAGGAAAAGAAGAUGAAGACAAAGAAGAAAAAGAAGAAGAAGAAGAAGAAGCUCCAGCAGAGGAAAUACAGCUCCGAUGAUGAUGAUGAUGAUGACGAAAGCAGUAGCAAAUCCAGCAGCAGUGAUGAGGACCAUGAGGUGGUACACAGGCAAAAGAAAUCUGUGGCUUCAGAUUCUGACUCUGAUAAUGAGGAUGCACUGAUGGACCGUCUACCUGAAAACCCCAAUCCUAUUCUGGAUUUUGCCAGUGCUUCGCAAGGUAUUCUGCUGCUGUUGAUGCUCAAACAACAUCUGAAGAAUCUAUACGGCUUCUCAGACAGCAAAAUCCAGAAAUAUUCACCCACGGAGUCCGCCAAGGUAUACGACAAGGCUGUGAACAGGAAGUCCAAGGUGCACUUCAACCCUCGUCAGACACUGGAUUAUCUGAAGAGCGAUAUAGCCAACCUGGGUCUCAGCUACGAGACCAAGAAGAAUAUUGUGAAACAGUAUUUGGACUUUAAGGUACUGAUGGACCACUUGGAUCGUGAUGAAGAGGAUGAGGAGGGUGAAGCAAGUGCCAAUGCCAGAAACAAAGCCAUUACUUCACUGCUGAGGGGCUCAAAACCCUCAAACCACAACCACAAUAAUCACGCUGUCGAGAGCGAUGAGGAGGACAGUGAGGAUGAAGAUCCCCCUGCACGGAAACCAAGGAAAGGUGGGGAUUCCGCAGAGGAUUCAGGUCAUAUGAAUGAGACAGUGGAGGCCAUGGACGUCGUUGCCAUCUGCCGUCCCAAAUACAAAGACAGACCACAGAUUGCCAGGGUCAUCCAGAAGACCAAAAAUGGCUACAGCAUACACUGGAUGACUGGAUCUUACACUGGGCCCUGGGUUGUGGCAAAGAAACGGGACGGUCGCAAAAAGGUGCCUUGGGUUGACACUAUCAAGGAAUCAGACAUUAUUUACAAGAAAAUAUCCUUGACAAGUGGACACAAGCUGUCGAACAAAGUGGCACACAAGUUGCGGGCGCUAUACGCCGCCAAGGAGGGGACUAAGAGCUAGUCGGCUGAAAUUAUUCAGGCAGAAAUCCCUCAGAGCCCAAAUCUAUGUGGAUCCAAUAAGUUACAGAAGAGAAGACGGACCUGGUGGAGGAAAAAGUAUUGAGAACACUGGUCUGUUUGAAUACAGACAUGUUUAAGUUCAAGAAAAACACAAGAAGGAAAUGUUUUGGAAAACAUUGUGUGGGAGUUCCUUCGCUGUUGUGCAGCAGCUUCGUUGUUUGAUUUUUACUCCCACUGUAUCAUAGUUUAACUAAACACAUGUUUAUAUCUGAACAUAAUUCUGUAAAAAAAGAAACUGAAUGUUGGAAAUUAGUGUAUUGAUGAUGUUCUUAAUAAAGUGUUUUUGGAGUUUAAACUAGCACCAGAUGGAUUUAUUCACUUGACCAGAGCUCCAGCAACUUUUAACUUCUUUUUUUUUCUUGUUUACCCACAUUGUGUAAUGGAGUAUCUUUGAUAUAAUUUAUUUAUGUUAAAAGCAGUGCAGUAUCUGUGCCUAUAUGCAGGGGAAGUUAUAUUGUUUUUAAUAUAGAUUUUGAUGUUACAGAACACAGAGCAAGAAAAAAGUGAUCCCCCGCUCCUUCUGGUGGAACAAAUACUGCAAUAAAUUUUUCUUACAUCUUU